GAUAGAUUAAUAAUCAAACCAGCGUGGUAAAGUUUUGCGGCCUUUGUUCUUACAUGGCAACCAUUCCACGAUCCGGAUCAACACAAGGUCGAUUAUCUCAUAUUAGCGCUUAAUGCACGGCCAGCAAUUAACACACUUAUUAUAGACGACGAUCGGCAACCGGUCGCUAGCGAUCCGGUGACGCACCGGCACUUUACCCUCCGGGCAACUGUUGUUGGUUUACUCAUUGGAAGCGUAAUGUGCUUUUCCAACAUGUACUUUGGUUUGCAAAGCGGCUGGAUCUCCAUGAUGUCGCUUCAAGCUUCGUUGCUAGGUUAUGCUAUAUUCAAACCCUUCCGUGAUAAGCUCCGUACGCCGUUCGGGCCCAUUGAAAACGUUGUUUUGCAAACCACAGCAGUUGCCACUGCCACAAUGCCUCUAGCAGCAGGCUUUGUCGGCAUCAUUCCUGCUCUAGGUCUUUUGACGAGCAAUGAUCACCCAGACGGACCAAUUGUACUCUCUAGUUGGCAACUGGUCCUUUGGUCGCUCGGUGUUGCAUUUUUUGGUGUAUUCUUUGCUGUUCCACUUCGUAAGCAAACCAUCAUCCACGAGAAGCUGCGGUUUCCUUCUGGAACGGCCACGGCGCAGAUGAUUUCGCUGUUACACCAAGAUCCGCAAGAACCGAUCCUUCGCCGUCGCCAUCAAUCUAGUCGUGACUCAGUCCUUGAACACGAAGAUCGACCUUUGCUUGUAUCGUCUUCAAGUCCUACCUAUUCACCCACUUCUACCGGAUCCAACCAAUCUGGCGUCGCACUUACUCCCAUCGCCCACUCGGAUCUACACACUUCCACUCGUCAACGUGAAGGUGAACAAGACUGGUCGCUAAAGUUACAUGCACUGACGAUCUCUUUCAGCUUAUCGUCGGCCUAUACUCUUUUAUCAUACUUUUUUCCGAUCAUUUAUGCUCUCCCAUUAUUUAAUUGGCUUUCAUUUAACCUAAUUGAUUUUGCAAAGUGGGAAUGGUACUUUGCGCCCAGUUUGAGCUAUGUUGGUCAGGGCAUUAUUAUGGGAUUGCCUACAACACUGUCAAUGCUACUGGGAUGUGUUAUUGGAUGGGGCAUAUUGUCACCAAUCGCACACUACGCUGGUUGGGCACCAGGUCCUGUUUCUGACUGGAAAACUGGAUCCAAGGGCUGGAUUCUGUGGAUAUCUUUGGGUGUCAUGGUUGCAGAGUCUGUAGUAUCGCUGGCCAUCGUCUCUGUACGCUCUAUCAUUAAACUUACAGCCCAUAAAAGAGCGCGUGAUGAUGUCAGGUAUCAGCGUGUUGAUGCUGAUGAACAGUCAUCAGAUGCUGACACAGCCGAAUCGCAUAUCGAACAAGAAUGGGUCGAAGAACAGGAAGGAACACGAAGCAAAGACGAAAGGGAAGAAAAGGAUGCUCCUCCAGAACAACUGGUCAAGACCUCUACCACUAUCAUUGGUCUCGUCGCUUCAACAUUACUGUGUGUCUGCGUCAUUGCAAUUCUCUUUGGUACCGAUGUGUUGCCUAUUCGUAUGGCUAUUCUAGCUAUAGCAGUUGCUAUGUUUCUGAGCGUGUUGGCUGUGCGCGCAUUAGGCGAAACGGAUCUUAAUCCGGUAAGUGGCAUCGGAAAGAUCAGCCAAGUUAUUUUCGCCAUGGUUAUGCCCGGAGGAAUCGCAGCAAAUUUGAUCGCCGGUGGUAUUGCCGAAGCAGGUGCACAACAAGCUGGCGAUCUAAUGCAGGAUUUAAAGACGGGACAUUUAUUACAAGCUUCACCCAAGGCACAGUUUUAUGGUCAGCUUAUUGGAUCGUUUGUCAGUGCUUUUGUUGCCACGGCUGCAUACAAGCUGUAUACCACAGUUUACACGAUUCCAGGUCCAGAAUUCCCGGUACCUACAGCCCACGUAUGGCUAGACAUGUCACGACUUGUCAAUGGUCAUCCUCUUCCACCACAUGUGUCCGAAUUUGUUCUAUUUUUUGCUUUAAUCUUUGCGGCCUUGGUACUGCUCAAAGAAACAAAGCCAGGGCUGGAACACGUUGGAUGGCGACGAUGUAUUCCUCAAGGCAUUGCGUUCGCUAUCGGCAUGUAUAAUCCACCGAAUUUCACGCUGGCUCGUGUGAUUGGCGGUUUCCUUGGUCACUGGUGGGAUCGGUACUGUGAUGUUUUGGAGGCAACGGAUGGUAACAGGAAUAACAUGGAUUCGUCGAUUUGGGAUAAAUUAUUUGGGCGAUAUCGCCGACACGUGGGCAAGGUGUUUAUUAUCAUUGUUGCUAGCGGAUUUGUACUGGGUGAAGGAACGUUUGCUAUCGUUAAUCUUGUUUUAAGAGCUUGCAACGUACCUCACUUUUAGAAAAAAGAACCCAAACUCUAUAUUAGUAGAACUAUAGAACUACUUGUGUAUAUUUAUCUUUUCUUUUACCUCAUUCUUCUUUUUCCUCUUCUCUCCGCUUUCGUUUUAUCUUUAAUUAAUGAAUACCAAGACUUUAUUAUACUAAAAAGACAGCUGUUGCAGCUGAUCAAGC